GGGGGGGGGAGGUUGAAAAAAAAAAGCAGGAGAAAUUUACUGGGAGGUAUCACAAUUCCCGCAACAGUUGGGAAACUACAAAGAGCCAACUGCAGCGUGCGACCAACUUUCUCUCUCUUACACACACACAAACACACACACACAGAGAGAGAGAAAUACAGAGACCUCCCUUCGCCUCGGCGCCCCCUCCCUCUUCAGAGGGAGGAAAAAAACUUUUCCAGCCAAUCAACGCCGUGCCAGCCCUUCCCAGCCAGGGCUGCCAUUGGCGUUUCUACGGCGAAAUGGGAGCAGAGGCGAGGUAUUUAUUAAAGAGAGCCGCAAGUGAGCGUUAGGAGAGCCGAGGUUGAGCCUCGCGACAGGCGAUUCGGGGGGAGCUUUUCCGACUUUUCGCGUGCCCCACCUCUCUCCACACACACGCGCGCACCCUCAAACCGAGGAAUUCGCCUCCCUUCUUUCAGUAGGGAAAUAUUUUUUUCUCUCUCUCCACCUCGUUCAACUUUCGCCUCUCACCGACUCCGCUUCGGACGGAGCGGGAAAAGCCAGUCCACAUGCGCGUUUCUUGAGAGCGGGGUUUUCCUCCAGUGGCGACUUCGCCAAGCGCGCCUGCCGGCCGAGUUUUCUGCAAACACCGCGGCUUUUUUUUUCUUUCUUUUGGCGCUAGGAGCGCGAGACGCUUUAGCCUGUGGGGCGCGCGCGCGGGGGCUUUUUCCUCUCCACUCCUGUCUUAAAAGAGACGUCUCUCUUGCCCCCCCUCCCUUCCCCGUUCUCCUCCCCCGCCCCCUUUCUCCCCUCCGCCUCCAUUUUUUCUUGUUUUAUUCCCCCCCGCGCCCGCCCGCUUAUAUUUUUUGCCUUCGCCCUUUUUCUCGCAUGAAUCUCCUCGACCCCUUCGCGAAGAUGACCGAAGAGCAGGAGAAGUGUCUGUCCGGCGCUCCCAGCCCGACCAUGUCGGAGGAUUCCGCGGGGUCCCCCUGCCCUUCGGGCUCCGGCUCGGACGCCGAGAACACCAGGCCCCAGGAGAACACCUACCCCAAGAGCGACCAGGACCUGAAGAAGGAGAGCGAGGAGGACAAGUUCCCGGUGUGCAUCCGGGAAGCCGUCAGCCAGGUCCUCAAGGGCUACGACUGGACCCUGGUGCCCAUGCCCGUCCGGGUGAACGGAUCCAGUAAGAACAAGCCCCACGUGAAGCGCCCCAUGAACGCCUUCAUGGUGUGGGCUCAAGCGGCGCGGAGGAAGCUGGCCGACCAGUACCCGCACCUGCACAACGCCGAGCUGAGCAAGACGCUGGGGAAGCUCUGGAGGUUAUUGAAUGAGAGCGAGAAACGCCCAUUUGUGGAGGAGGCUGAACGCUUGAGAGUGCAACAUAAAAAAGACCAUCCAGACUACAAGUACCAGCCACGAAGGAGAAAGUCCGUGAAGAACGGACAGGCUGAGCAAGAGGAAGGAUCGGAGCAGACCCACAUCUCUCCGAAUGCUAUCUUCAAGGCCCUGCAGGCAGAUUCGCCCCAGUCUUCAUCCAGCAUGAGUGAAGUACAUUCACCUGGAGAGCAUUCUGGGCAAUCUCAAGGGCCACCUACUCCUCCUACCACUCCCAAAACAGAUGUCCAGCCUGGUAAGCAGGACCUGAAACGGGAAGGUCGCCCACUGCAGGAAGGAGGAAGACAGCCGCCCCAUAUUGACUUCCGAGACGUGGACAUUGGGGAACUCAGCAGUGACGUCAUCUCUAACAUUGAGACUUUUGAUGUUAAUGAGUUUGACCAGUAUCUCCCACCCAAUGGCCACCCAGGAGUUCCAGUCACCCAUGGUCAGCCUGGCCAAGUCACCUACACAGGCAGCUACGGGAUCAGUAGCACCACAGCUACCCCAGCAGGCACUGGGCAUGUCUGGAUGUCCAAGCAGCAGCAGCAGCAGCCGCCACCUUCUCAGCAGCCACCCUCCCAAGCUCAGCCACAACCACCGCCCCCACCGCCGCCGCAGCACACACUCACCACCCUGAGUAGUGAACCAGGCCAGCCUCAGCAGAGGACACAUAUUAAGACCGAGCAGCUCAGUCCCAGCCAUUACACUGACCAACAGCAGCAUUCACCUCAGCAGAUCAGCUACAGUUCCUUCAAUCUCCAGCACUAUGGCUCUUCCUACCCGACCAUCACUCGCUCCCAGUAUGACUACACAGACCAUCAGAGCUCCAAUACCUAUUACAGCCAUGCUGCCAGCCAGAGUUCCAGCCUUUAUUCUACAUUCACUUACAUGAACCCCACCCAGAGGCCCAUGUACACCCCAAUUGCAGACACUACGGGGGUACCUUCCAUUCCUCAAACCCAUAGCCCACAACACUGGGAACAGCCAGUCUACACGCAGCUCACCAGACCAUAAAGUUCUGAAGAAUGGUGUCAAUUCCCCAGACUUACAAAAAUAUUUUUAAGCUAAAAGUGAAUGGAAGAGAGGAAAAAAUAUCCCAGAAUGCAUUGUGCACUACAGCAUCCCUUCAAAACUGACCAGAUUAUUCUCAAUCAAGAAACAUUCCAUGAUGGACUAAAUACUUUGAUUUGAAGGCAGUUUUUUUAUUUUCUUCAAACAGCCAGCUUAGCUUGCAUAGGUAUGAACUUGUUAAUUAUUUUUAACAAUAACUAAAAACAAAAAAAUGAAAAAAAUAUAAACUCAAAAGUAUUCCUCUGUGAGGAAUAUUCUCUAUUUUAAAUAUUUUUAGUAUGUAUUGUGUAUGAUUUGUUACCAAUAUGAUGGAAUUUAUACGUACUUGUUUUUAGAGAAACUUUUAAAAACUGCUUUUUCCUUUUUGGGGUGGGUGGGUGGGAUGGGGACAGUUGAACCACACUUAGCAAAAGAAUAUGCCUUAGCUUUUUUCCCUGCUGUCAGAGGUAUUUUUCUAUAGUUAACAGUCAUUUUUAGAGACUAAAAUGUGUGCAUUAAAAAUCAAGGAAAAGAAAAUUUUGAGGAAAGGAAAGAAGUGCUCAUUAACAUGAUUGUGGGAAUUUGGAAAGAGGCUUCUAUUUUUCUAGCAUGGAAAUAAAAUACGGGGAGAAAAAAAGAUGAAAGAAAAAGCAAGGAAACCUUGAGCCUUAAAGUAACACUAUCAGACGCCUUAAAGAAAAAAUCCUGUGAAAUCUUCCAAAAGACUUGCACAGUUAUCUUCCAACCUGCCAAGGGAAAAUAUGGAACUCCCAAGAAGAGAGCUCAGUUUUACAGGUCUGAAGCUUUUUAAUUAUUAUUAUUAUUAUUUUAUUUGCAACUACAAGCACCAAGUUAUGAAGCCAGAAUCCACAUUCUCUACCUUGAUCCCUUCAGUUUCCAACACCAGGCCAAUAUUUGUGAGACAAAUGCAGUCAGUCAAAAAAUCAAGAGUCUUCCCUGUAAAUUGCAUGAAAAACUAGAAUACUUUAUUCCAUGAAGACAGCUUACAAAAGGAGGAGAUGGGAAUGACACAGGAACACCAGCUUUAGCAAGGUUCAUGGAUGACAGUAGUAGGUGGUUUUUCUUCUUUUAAAAUUAUAUAUAUUUAUUUUGUGAAAAAGAUGUUUUUAAUCAAGAGGUUUGUUUUUCAAUUUCCCCCUUCCACGUUAGAAAUCUUAGUAAUGUAAACAGAAAUACCAGCAUUUUACUCAGAGGGUAUAUGGUACCUAAUUGUUAAAUUAUGGUCUAAAUCAAUAACCCUUUAUUUUAUUUAUCUCUCAGUCUUUGUUUUUGUAUUUUAUUAUUCCUUCGGAAUGUGUCUUAGGUUUGUACAAAUACCUGGCUCCCAUUUGUCUUUCUAUCUUUUCUAUUUCUUUGGUCAGAAUAAACUGGAAAGCUUUUGUGUUGUUUUCCUCAUUGUACAAACAAAGCAUGGCUAAUUAGUGUAUCACUGAGUUAUUUCUGCCUGAAUACUUUUAGACUCAUGAUUUGGACUGGGCUAAAUUAAUAGAACAGCAUGCAGAGCACAGAAAGUAAGAGUGGACUUGAACCACUCUUUCGUUUGUGAAAAAUUCCCCAGGUUUUAAAGCCAAACAGCAAACCUUCCUUUACAUGCUGAUGACUGACUUGCAGGGAUUUCAUUUUGCAUGAAGGAACAUUUAACAAAUUCCCUAAAUUGCUAUCCAAAGUGGUUCAAUCCACUGUAUUGCCUUAAGGUUCCACCUCUUUAUCCUUUCCUCUGGGUAGGCCUAGGCUUAUUCUGCCCAAGUGAAGCAAAGCAACAGUGAAU